UCUCACCCACCAUAAGCUGGGUUUUAUUGAUUUGUCUGAAACGUCCUUUUGCUCAGUGGUGUAUUUCCCGAUCCUGGACACAAUGGCUGCUGAAUCCGUGCGUCCUGGUGUGUCCGGCAGCGAAUGGAACGGAAUUUAGAACGGAGGGAUUGAAAAGAUUAUGUUCGAACGCUUCGAUUCAUUUAAUUUAUCGUACCAUUUUGUGUUCAUACAAUAGCUUAAGUAAUUUAUUAUAGCUUUUCUUGAAAAAGUAAAUAUUUUAGAAAGUCAAAAUGCCGAUAUUUCAGCGCCAGAUGAUUACGCUUCCGCUCGUCGCCUUCCAGUUUCCCAAAAUCCUUUGCGCGCAAGGUCGACGGUUGAGUAAAUGGCUAACACGAGGAAACUCACUAAUUCGAAAGGAAAACACCGCGGUGAUCGGUAGCACCUGUUCUAGCGUGAUGGGGAUUAAUAAUCAGAAGAUGUACUGUGAUAGAAGGGAGUCUACGAAACGCAACAAAUCCACCCUGACGGGAAUGAAUUUAAUCAGCAAUUCGAAGCAAUAUAAGGGUUUGGCCCAUACCGAGAGCGAGAGGGUUGCUCUCGGUCUUCAAGGUCUCUUGCCACCAGCUGUCAGACCAGUCAAUUUACAGGUGGAAGCCGUGCUUGAAAACUUACAUAGACAUGGAGAUGAUCUCAGCCGUUAUCUUUUUCUCAGGGAACUGCAGGAUACGAAUGAGCGCCUGUUUUAUCGAGUUUUAUGUGAACAUACGGAAGAGUUGAUGCCUUUUGUUUACACUCCUGUAGUGGGCCAGGCUUGCCAAGAAUACAGCCGGAUUUUCCGUAGACCUAGAGGCGUUUUCAUCUCUAUAAAUGAUCUAGGAAAUGUAUACAAUAUUCUUGGAAACUGGCCUGAAGAAAAUGUAAAAGCCAUUGUUGUGACCGAUGGCGAAAGAAUUCUCGGUCUGGGAGACCUUGGAGCCAAUGGUAUGGGCAUACCUGUUGGCAAGAUGGCCUUGUACACGGCCCUGGCUGGAAUUCCACCCUCUGCUCUGUUGCCAGUCACUUUAGAUGUAGGCACUAAUAAUGAGAAAUUGCUGAAUGAUCCUUUUUACAUUGGCCUGAAACAGAAAAGAGUGAAUGGAGAAAAAUACGAUCAGCUCAUCGAUGAAUUCAUGAAAGCUGCAGUGAAAAGAUACGGCAAGACGUGCCUAAUCCAAUUCGAAGAUUUUGGUAAUCAAAAUGCCUUUCGUUUAUUGGAGAAAUAUAAUGACGAUUAUUGUACUUUCAAUGAUGACAUACAAGGCACUGCUUCCGUGGCAGUUGCAGGCAUAUUGGCCAGUGUGAAAAUAACAGGCACCAAAGUAUCUGAGCAUACUUUCCUGUUUUACGGAGCUGGAGAGGCAGCUCUAGGAAUAGCCGAUUUGAUUGUGAUGGAAAUGGAAGAAGAAGGCGUGUCCACGGAAGAUGCAAGGAAUAGAAUCUGGAUGGUGGACUCAAAGGGUUUAGUUGUAACAAGCAGAACGGCAGAAGGUUUAAAAGACCACAAAAAGUAUUAUGCAAAAGAUCAUGAGGCAACGAAAGAUUUAGAGAAGAUGAUGGAGCAUAUUAAACCCACAGUACUUAUUGGUGCUUCCGCACAACCUGGUGUUUUCACUCCCAAAGUACUUAGUAUGAUGUUAGAUUACUCUCAACAACCUAUUGUCUUCGCCCUCAGCAAUCCAACGGAUAAGGCAGAAUGUACUGCAGAACAAGCAUACACUCAUACAAAAGGCAAGUGCAUCUUUGCAAGUGGUAGUCCUUUUCCAGCAUUCACAUACGAUGGGAGAACCUUUCACCCAGGACAAGGCAAUAAUGCUUACAUCUUCCCUGGAGUCUCUCUAGCCCUGCUUGCAUGUGGUGCUCGAUCAGUCGGAGACAAAGUCUUCCUCAUUGCUGCAAAAGCCCUUGCCGAACAAGUGACCAAAGAGGACAUGGAUGAAGGACGAGUGUAUCCUCCACUGCCCACCAUUCGGAAAGUGUCCCUCACGAUUGCGGCCAAAGUGGCCCGAUUCUUGUACCAAGAGGGUCUUGCUACUUACAAGCCUGAGCCUCCCGAUCUGGAGACAUUCCUGACCACAAAGCAAUACAAUUACGAUUACGAAGCUUAAGACUAUGUUUGAAUGUGAAAGGUGUUGUGAAUGUAUGAAACUUCAUAUAAAUGUAUGUUUAUUAAAAAUCGAUGUAUUCUAUUAAGAUAAAUAAAUAAUGUAUGUUUA